GCACAAAUAAUUAAUUAACCUCUGAGCACCUUGAGAAGGGUUGAGAUAAAGGGGCCGGGCUCCAAGAGGGGCGGUUCUGAUUUAAGACUUGAGCAGAGCUGAGGCCUGGUGCGCAUGUGUCAGUUCUGCAGCCUGAAGCAUUUCCCAGAGACGGCUACACCGAUGCACCUCCCGUCCUGCAGGCUUCUCUUGUGACAAUGACACUCCUCCAUCAAGAGGUAGGGGGUCUAUGUUCCUGCUUGAAGCUGGGCAAACCCCGACCAAUAGCCUAUGGUAGACAGUCCGCUGAAUGACUUCCAAGUCUGGGUCAUAAAAGGUGAUAUAACUUCCACCUGGCUCUCUGGGGACCUGAACCUUUGUAGCUCUUUGGGGGCAGGUAAGAAGCCCAGCUGCCCAAAGCCUCAUGCUGGGGACACCAGUGUGGACAGUGAGGUGGAUGCCCAGGUGCUGACAGGUGAGAGAAGAAGCCUUCAGGAUGAUCCUGGCUCAGCCACCAUCUGACUUUGACCCCAUGAGCCACUGGAGCCACUGCCCAGUCGAGCUGCUCCUGAAUUCCUGACCUACAGAAACCCUCAGAGAUAAUACAUGGCUAUUUUUGUUUUAAACGACUAAGUGUCGGGGUAAUUUUCUGGCAGCCACAGGAACAGGAACAGGAUGGAAGGUGGGGGCGAGGGCAGGUGGACAGCCGUGUUCUGCACAGAGGAAGCAGUCUGUGCAAAGGUCCUGGGGUGGAAUGAAGGGGCGGAGAUUAACAGGGGCCUUUCCAAGAUUUUCCAGAACUUCUUUUGAUUCUCCCUGCAUUUCUCCUGUAAACAGACAAUCCUAUUUCCUCCUUCCAUGUUCGUGUAAUUAUGGGAUUCGUGUCUAUUUAAUUAAGCCUGGUUGGAGCAGGGGAGAUGAACAUUCAUGCCUUCUUUCAGUCUAUGAGGCUAAAUGUGUCGCCUGUGCUGGGAUCGUCCAGUGUCACCGUGGUGCCCAUGAGGAGGUGUCCAGGCUCCCUCCAGUGCACAGAUGAGGAGGCGGAGGCUGAGGGGCAGGCGUCCUCCUGCACUGCUCUGAGGGGUAAGACAGGCUCUGGAGCCAGCCUGCCUGUCGAACCCGUGCUCCUUCCCCAGUGCCGAGUCAGGCACCUCCAGGCUGUGUGACUUUGGGCAAAUCACUUCCCUCUCUGGAUUCGGUUUUCUCCUCUGUAAAAUGGGGAAGAAAAUACCGCUGGCCUUGUGGAGAUUAUCGCAAAGCUCAACAGACACAAGCCUAAUGACCGUUGCCUUUACGCUGGGCUCGUCUGCCCCGAGCUCACAUGGUGAUAAACUCGUGAUUUGCAUCAAGAUGCUUCUUCCCACAAGGUCGGCGGAGGUGGGUGAGCAGGGCUCAGUGGAUGCUGGUGACGGAUGACCAGCUGCCUUUCCUUUUCCUGCCAAAGCCUCAUACACGGUGUCAUGCUCUCAGCCCCCGAGGUGCGUCCUCGGUUUGCCACUGUCCCAAGCAGACUGCCCCGUUCAAAACCCGGCCAGGAUUUGGGAAAACAAAGGGAAAAAAACAAUACCAAACCGCUGGAUAAGCCCCCACUCUGGGAAAAACAAGCAGAGAAAGCUGGAAGAGAGCCCAACAGGAGGGGCCCAACCAACCCCUGGGCACCUUCAGCCCAGCGACCCAUGCCCCAAGGACAAAAUGAUUCCAUCGGGAGAAGAGAGAUACAGGAUAACUAUGACACUGAAAAUGACAAUAAAAAAUAUUUUGUUAGCACUCAUCUUGUGCCAGCACUGCUCUAGCUCACAGAGUUUUCACACCCCGUGAAGUGGAUGGAAUUAUUUCCCUCAGUUCACCAAGGCAAAACAGAGGCACAGAGAGGUGAAGCAAUUUGUCCAAAGCCACACAGCCAGAAAGCGGUGGAGCCAGGAUUUGAAUCAGUAAACAAGUAAAGAAGUAAAUCAAAAAUGCACCCGUCCCCACGCCAAGAACUCACAUACAUUCCUUAUGCAAGAGAUGGAGUUUACCUGGCCUAGCAUUAGAAUCUAGAGGUCUGGAGAAGUGACACUGCCCACCUCAGGUUGCAGGGCCAGCUGUUAGGGAGCAGGAUUUAGAGCCAGCUGCCCCGAACUCAGGGGCUGGUCGAGACACCAUUGCACCCCAAACUCUUCCCCCCACAAUCCACCUCCCCACUCCAGCCAAAGAUGGCUCCAGAACAAUCUGCCCCAAGACAGGAUGAUCUCUCAUCACUGUCAACAGCAGUGGAGUCAGGGCCACCCUAGGGCCCAACAUCCCUCCAGGCCCCAAGGGAGAAGGCUGGAUGGGAGCCAGCUCCCAGCUGGGGCACCCACUUCCCUGGACUUGUAAGAAUGUUCUCUGUCUCUAGAAACCGACUGGAUGGGCUGCCUCCUCCCCAGCCUCGCCCCUCUGCCCCCUCUCCUUUGCUCUUUAGGGUCACUUCGCUGUGUUCCAAGGCUAAUGGGGAAUCAGAGGGGGGACGGUGGAGGGGGAGGGAAGGGGAAGGCGGUGGGGGCUGAAAUUUGAGAUCCCAGCCUGGUGAGGGGCGGCUGGAGAGAGACGCACACACAGAGACAGAGACAGGAAGAGAGAAUUCAGUUGCCUUUGGUUUUCCAAAGCGGGCAGCUUGGGGGUUUGAGGGUGUGUGUGUGUGUGUGUGUGUGUGUGUGUGUGUGUGUGUGUGUGUGUGUGUUUUGUUUUCUUUCCUCCUCUCUCGCAGGGAGGCCAGGCCUUCAGGAUAAUAAAAGGACUCAGAGGCGAGGCGGGCAGAGCAAGCCAGCGCGGGGACAGGGCAGUGUGUGGACAAGAGUGAGGAGGCAGGAAGGGAAAGGGGGGAGACUGGAGGUGAGGGGGUGUCGGGGGCCGGAGCAGGAGGCGGUGGGAGGAAGCCGAGCAGCUGUGGUAUUUGGAGCAAGUAUAAAUAGCCGCCUGGCCGGAGCUCAGCCAGACAGGGCUUUGCAGCUGCAGCGGCUGUGCAACCAGGCCCGGCCACUGUUGGCCACGGUGGGGACAUCCUGGGCACGGAGACAGGCAGUGGGCAGGCACGGCCCCCAGGCUCUGACCAGACACCCCUCACCAUUGCCACCUCUCUGGAUGCCCUCUCGGCCAGCCAUGCUGCUGGGUGGCCUCCUCCUCAUUGGGGCCACCGUGACUGUGGCCCAGCGGAGGGGGCAGGAGGCCGGCGGGCGCCGGCGGGCACACCGAGUCCAGCAUGGCCAGUGCAGCUACACCUUCGUGCUACCUGAGCCUGAGCCCUGCCCUCCGGACCCCGAGGCCUUCGGGGGCUCCAACAGCCUCCAGAGGGACUCCCCGGCGGCUGCACUCAACCUCGGGGACUGGCCCACCCAGCGCGUGCGACAGCUGGAAAAAAUGCUGGAGAACAACACGCAGUGGCUGCAGAAGCUAGAAAGGUACAUCCGGAUGAACUUGAGGUUGGAGCUGGCUCAGGCCCAGCAGCACAUGGUCCAGAACCAGACGGCCACCAUGCUGGAACUGGGCACCAGCCUUCUGAACCAGACCACUGCCCAGACCCGCAAGCUGACCGACGUGGAGGCUCAGGUCCUAAACCAGACAUCGCGAAUGGAGAUCCAGCUGCUGGAGACCUCACUGUCCACCAACAAGCUGGAGAAGCAGCUGCUGCUGCAGGGCCACGAGCUCCACCGGCUGCAGGGCCGCAACAGCGCGCUGGAGACGCGGGUGCUGGCCCUGGAGACGCAGCAGCAGGAGGAGCUGGCCAGCCUUCGCGGCGAGAAGGAGCGGUUGCGGCGCCUGCUGGGCCGCCAGAGCGGCGCCCUCGCCGGCCUCGAGCGCAGCCUGCGCGCGGCCAGCAGCAACUCCAGCCUCCUGCAGCGCCAGCAGCGCCAGCUGCUGGAGUCCGUGCAGCGCCUGGUGCGCGUCGUGACCCAGGGCCCUGCCUCCAUGAGGGCAGCUGAGCAGGUGUUCCAAGACUGUGCAGAGAUCCAGCGCUUCGGGGCCAAUGCCAGCGGCAUCUACACCAUCCAUGUGGCCAACGUGACAGAGCCCAGAAAGGUGUUCUGUGACCUGGAGGCCAACGGAGGUGGGUGGACCCUCAUCCAGCGCCGCGAGAAUGGCAGCGUGAAUUUCCAACGCAACUGGAAGGAUUACAAACAGGGCUUCGGCAACCCAGCCGGGGAGCAUUGGCUGGGCAACGAGGUGGUGCACCAGCUCACCAGCAGGGCAGCCUAUUCUCUGCGUGUGGAGCUCCAAGAUUGGGAAGGCAAUGAAGCCUAUGCCCAGUAUGAGCAUUUCCAGCUGGGCAGCGAGGGGCAGCUGUACAGGCUUUCUCUGAACGGGUACAGUGGCUCAGCGGGGCGCCAGAGCAGCCUGGUCCUGCAGGGCACCAACUUCAGCACCCGUGAUGCAGACAACGACAACUGUCUCUGCAAGUGCGCCCAAAUGUUGUCUGGAGGGUGGUGGUUUGAUGCCUGUGGCCUCUCAAACCUCAACGGCAUCUACUACCCGGCUCGCCACCACGUGCGCAAGCUCAACGGCAUCCGCUGGCACUACUUCCAGGGCCCCAGCUACUCGCUGCGCGCCACCCGCAUGAUGGUGCGUCCCACGGGCAUCUAAGGAGCAGCCGGGCCCGGAGGCUGGACCCACAGGAGGACCUGCACGUGGUGUCCUCUGGACAAGCAGGACCCAAACACAGGACUUUGUCCUGGACACCCUGGGUCCCCUGAGCCAGCCCUCCUUGCCCCAGGAGUCCAGAAGAGUUGCCUGCCUCCCUCUCCCCCUAAGGUUGUGACAGGGUGGGCGUUAGGGGGUUCCUGCCUCUGCAGCACCCCCCUUUCCCCUUCCCUCCUGUCUCCUGCAGGGCCCACCUGCCAGCUCAAGGUCCUCAGUGAGCUGAGAACAGACUUAACUGGGCUCCUCCAAGGGAUACACAACUAAUGGUGGAAUUACAGGCAGGAAACCACCCAGGUAGAGGCCCAGAUUCUGUCCCCAUGUUGUCGGGAAGGCCAUCCCUUGUUCCCAGCUUCUUUAGCCUUGAGAUGGCCUUGAACUUCCUGUUUAAGAUUGAAGGAGCUGCGUUCACCCCAUCAUGGGAAUCUUUAUUUCCACCCACACCAUCCGCCACUCCGGGGCCCCAGCAGCUAACCCUCAAUGCUCCAGGAGAUCUAAGAAGGAUGCCUUUACCCCUAGAAUGUCUCGUAUUGUUCCAGAGGCAAUAGCUAGGACUCCCCCCUAAAAAAAAACCUAUGAUCAAGUGAGGGAGGGAAACACGGGGUUACAUCAAUGAGAACAGGCAUUCUUCCUUAGCUGCAGGACUUGUCAGAGCCAUUCCUGCGGUCGUGUGCUUUGCGAUUGCCCAUGAAAGGGCUAGAGUGGGCAGCUUUCCCCAAAUUUACUUAUUUGAAAAUGUCCUAGUUUAUCCCAAAGCAUCUCUCGGGGUUCUGGGUGCCCUUGGAAAAAGCAGGUCCUCACGCCUCAUGAGUUGAAACCCACGCCCCCACCUCCGCCCCCAGCUGAAGGCCAGUGAUGUUCUCAAUCAGCCUCUAAAAACAGCAGGAAGGAACCUUUGGCUUAGACACACCAUCCCUGAAGAAGGGUCUAGAACUGAGUUUCGGGUCUGUGCCAUGGGCCGGUGUCCUCCCAGGCUCCUCUGGCCCUGAAGGAAGACAGAUCCCGGCUUGAGGACUGUCCACUCUGCCUUGAGUCGGACACCGAUUGCUGGGUCAAGAUCCUUCCUGCCUCCGAGCCAGAAGCCCUAGCCUCCUCCUGCCUCAUCCAACAGUGAAGCCGCAGCUGAGGGUCCACGGAGACUCAGCCUGUGCCUGAGUCCGGGAGACCAGGGGCUCCCCAUGAGCUUCUUUCAGAGGGGCCAGGGCCACUCUGCCACCCACUCCCAUUGCCGUGUCACCCUCCUCAGUCCACAUGAGGCCCCUGCAGUCCUGUCAUCCUCAGCCAAUACCCGGCCCCAGCCAGGACCCACCUUCCCUGCUUCCAGGAUGUACCUCUGUCUUCAAAAGGUUUUCUCCUGGGUGAGGCUGGGUGGUGGAAACAAGGCCCCUGCAUCACCCCUGGCUCUGCCCCAGCCCCUGAGUCCUGCUCAGCCAGUCCGCACGGUAACCCAGCACAGAUUAAUGCUGAUCUUCUUCAGAGAAACAGAAGGAUGUGGUUGCUAAUGGUGACAUUUCAGGCAGGAGGGAAAGGAAUUUAGGGGCAGACAGCUGCCCAGAAUGCUGGCAUGGUCUUAUCCAGCAUUUGCUCGGUAAGCUUUUAUUUAGCAUCUGCUGUGUUCAGUGUGGUACCACGGGCAGGACUUUGGAGUCAAACAGACCUGCUCCGGCUCUUGAACGUGAAGCCAGUGGCUCAGGCUUUUAAGGCCUUAGUUGUCUUAUCUGCGAAGUGGAGAUGGUGAUGCUUCGUCCUCCCUUCCCUGGGGGCAAGGAGGAAAUGAGACUAUGUCCUUCAACUUCUUAACAGAGCCUGGCAUGAAGCAGGUGCCUAAUAAAUGCUAGUUUCCAAAGCGGUUGAAUGGGGUGGAGAGAUCGGGCUCCUGACAUGGAGAAACUGGCAUGCCACACCCUCUCCUGGACCCAGGGAAGGUAAACAUUUUAUUUC